CGCACGCACCAAGAGCGAGGUGAGCGUGAAGGAUCGUUGAUACCCGACCACCAGGCGCGCGUCCCAUCCAAGCUUUCGGCUGGCACUGCCGAGACUAAUACUGUGUCUGCACACCUUAGGCUUGAGAUUUCUUGAUUUGGGUCCAAGACUUUUCUGCUCUGACCCGUCAAAACAAUAGCCACGCCUUUUGUCGCUUUCCCAAGGCCGACUUGCGCUGCGUCCCCAGCUUCAUACCACCACGCCAAACGGCAUUCUCGAUCCACCGCAUCAAAGGACCGGCGUCUGGGCGGAUCCUCAAGUACAUGCAUUCGACUUCGGAUCCAUCUUUUUCCUACCUUGGCCGACCUUUUCGACAACACGGCCCCGGCUCCUCGCUCCUCCCCACAUAACGAACCUUUUGCCCGCGCACCGCGCUCGUACCUACACCGCUAUACUCGGGUAGACACAAUAAGAAGCUCGGAAAAAGCAAGGCUAAUCGCACUUCAUCAUGGCUUGGGAUCACCUAUCCAUCACCAAGCCGCAUCUGGUGUACCUGAUUCUCGGAGGCUUCACCAGCUUGUUUAUGCUGUGCUCCUCUGUCAUCAAGGAGCGCUUGUACAUUGGUGAAGCCACGGUCGCGACCAUAUGUGGCAUCAUAUUCGGUCCUCAUGCAGCCAAUCUCAUAGAUCCUUCGACUUGGGGCAAUGUCGAUUUGAUCACCCUAGAGUUUUCGCGCGUCGUUCUCGUCGUGCAAUGUUUUGCCGUUGGUGUUGAGUUGCCUCGCGCAUACAUGGAGAAGCACUGGAGGUCGGUAGUCCUGCUGCUCCUGCCAGUCAUGACUUUUGGCUGGCUGAUAACCAGUCUGUUCAUCUGGGGCCUGUUCAGCGCCCACCUCAACUGGCUCGACAGUCUCUGCAUUGCUGCUUGCGUCACUGCCACCGACCCUGUCUUGGCCUCAUCCGUUGUCGGUAAGGGCAAGUUUGCUAAACGAGUCCCAAAGCAUUUGCGAGAUUUGCUUUCUGCUGAGUCUGGCUGCAACGAUGGUAUGGCCUUUCCCUUCGUUUACCUGGCCAUUUACCUUAUCCAUUACCGCCCCGACGCCAGCAAGGUUGCGUACCACUGGUUCUGUUACACCGUCCUCUACGAGUGCAUCUUUGGUGCUUUCUACGGCGUGGUGAUUGGCUACAUUGCAAGACGUGCUAUUAGAUACGCUCACGAGCGCGACCUCAUCGAUCGCGAGAGUUUCCUUGUUUUCUACUUUGUGCUGGCGCUUUUCUGCGCUGGCUCGGGUUCACUCUUAGGCAUGGAUGACUUGCUCGUAGGAUUUGCUUGCGGUGUAGGCUUCUCCAACGAUGGAUGGUUUUUGGAGAAGACGGAAGAGUCCCAUGUUUCCAAUGUCAUUGACUUGCUCAUUAACUUGGCUUUCUUUGUCUACUUCGGUUCCAUCAUUCCCUGGGAGCAGUUCAACUCCGACGUCAUCGGACUGUCACCCUGGCGUUUGGUUGUGCUCGGCAUCUUGGUACUCUUCUUCCGCCGUAUCCCAAUCAUGCUGAUGCUUAAACCCGUCAUUCCGGAUCUCAAGACAUGGCGCGAGGCAUCUUUUGCUGGACACUUUGGACCCAUUGGUGUCGGUGGUUUGUUCGUUGCUAUCCUUGCGCGAGCCGAGCUCGAGACCAGUACCACGACGCCGUUAGCUGUACUACCUGAACCUGGUUUCGAGCAUCUAAACAUCAUCGAAAUGAUAUGGCCCAUUACCUGUUUCUUGGUUAUUGUCAGUAUCAUUGUCCACGGCAGUUCGAUUGCUGUCUUCACCCUGGGCAAACGUAUCAACACUCUCACGAUAUCAAUGUCGUACACACAGGGCAACGAAAACGGACCUGGCUGGAUGGAUCGCCUUCCCCGUAUUCAAUCGCGUUCAAGGUCUUCCAUGGCACGUCGCCCGUCCGAGUCAUCCUUUGACGAAAAGUCCGAUUUUGCAGCUGCAACUGGCUUCGGUGGCUCAUUUUUGCGUCGACAGAGGGAGGAAGACAACCCAAGUCGUUCAAACUCUGUUAAGCCUACGGGUCGAGGCAGGCGCUGGGAUGCUAGUCAUGGACCUGGCGGUCCCAUUGCUCAAUCUGCCAUUACACCCAACAGACGUGAUGAGGACAAGGUAGAGGCCAUACCACCAGAACAAGAUACAGACACGUUUGCCGAUGCCAUGGCCAUUUCUAGUUCCAGUUCAUCGAGCGCAAAGGAGAAGAUGAAGAUGCGGCAGCCUGAGGAAGAAAUUUAUCAGGAAGGCCAUCAGACCGUCUUCGAAGAUAAGGAAGGAAAUGUUUUGGGCGUGAGGGAUAGUCACGGCGAACAUGGCCAAGUACGAAGGGAACACGAUAUCCAGAGAGGAGAAGACUUGAUUACUCAGGCCGAGAUUCAGCAGGGAGUAUCUCAGAAAGAGCAUGGUAGCGGACUUGAAGAAGCCCCAAGUAAGAUUGAGAACGCUGUUGAGCAUCCUCACAAGACAUGGCGCAACCGUAUGCAAAGUUUCUCAGGGCGUAUGCACAAAGACGGCAAGCAAGCAGAGCCUUCGAAGGCUGAUAAGCCAGCGCACAAGCCUGGGCCCGCUCUCGCGUAUCAAUACGGUAACACCAUCAUUGUUGAAGACGAAGACGGCGAGGUCUUGAAAAAGUACGACAUUCCAGCUGCGCCAAAGAAGGGCAAGGAUGGCCGGCCUGUGAACACCCGUGGUCAGUCUAUGGCAGAAUCUUCAAGCCGCGCCGUACAGAGCUUGAAGCGCAUGGGAACUCACAUGGGCGUCCCAAACACUCAUCACGCUGGCCCUGAGGGUUCUCAAGCUACGAAUGACAAGAAGAAGAAGGCGGCUGAAGCAGCUGCCAAGGAGCAGCAAGAUGACGAUUUGAUCCGAUUCACUGUUACCGCUGGCGGACGUCGCAUGAGCAAGUUGGAGUUCAUUCAACAAAUGGCACAAAUGAACCCCAAAGACAGGGCCAAAUUCGUGCAAAACAGCGAUGUUCCCGAGGCCGUUAAGGAUGCUGCACACAAGGACGCACAGGAGCACACUGCUGAGCAGCGCCGCCAAGCAGCCUCUAAGCAAGCGAACGUGCCUGCUGUUGUAGGCAAAGAGGGUGAGGCCGAGCUCCACAAGAUCGAGUCUCCCGCAGCAGACGAAGCGGGAAAUGCACGGGGUCCAGAGGGCUUGACACUGGUCGACAGUAACGACGAACAGGUUCCCUUCCACGCUGUACGUCAGGAUCUAGAAAAUUACUCUUACGGUCAAAGCGGCGAGACAGCAGCAGAGCGUCGAAGACGGCAAGCAGCAGAGCAAUCCUCAAGCCAAGGACCCAAGGACGCCGCAACCCCUACUCCUGCAACACAACAGCCCCUCAUAGAAGAAGCCGGAGAAACCUUCGAAGGCGAAACAGCCGCAGAGCGCAAGCGCCGUCUCGGUGCCCUGGGUGUGGCCAAAGACGACACCCCUGAAUCCGACUCUGAAGACGAAGAAACCGGCGACCCCCUAGAAACCGGCCGCGGCACCCACUCGCGCGCUGCCGCCGAACCUAGCAGUCAAAAGACGCUCUCGCCCGCUCCUCGUACCCCCGGUAUCCGUUUCGCAGAUCAACCCCGCGUGCCUACAAAAGACGAGCGCGUAGCCGAGGAAGCGCGUGAAAAGGAAGAAAGUGAGCGGGAGAAGAAGAACAAUAAGCGUAAGAGUGGGUUGAGUAAUUUGAUUGGGAGGAAGUAAGACAUGGGAGAUGAUGAUAUGACUAAUAUGCUGUGCUGUGUUGUUACAUGAAGGAAGAUGAGAGAUGACAUUUCGGUCUUCUUUUUUCCUCUUCUCUUUUUUGGAUAUGUAUACGCAUGUGUAUGCUUGAUCCAGGUUUAGUGUAAUAGAUGGAGUUUUUUUAUCACGCUUCGGGCGUGUGUUUAUAGCGUUUUUUCUUUUUUUUUCCGCUCGAGGCAAGAAAAAGUAGAUGAAAACGUUGAUGUUUCUUGUUUUUCAUUUUCAAGAGAUGGCUAGGUAUGAAUGGGGGAAAGUAGGUAAGAGAGAUGGAAUAGUGAAGAUACUUUAUGCAAUGCA